UAUAAAAUUUUCAAGCUAUUUUUUUAUUUUGGUUUGAAAACUCUCUCAGACUACAUCCAACCAAAGAGUUUCUGUGUUACAUCAUUUUUAUUUGAGGAAAAAAAAGUUACGCUAGUCAGAACAAGCACGAUAUUGUAAUCGCUAAGCUGCCAAAUCUCUCUUUUAGUCGAACCUCUUUCGGUUAAUUCCUCUCACGAAUAGAUCCCUCGCUUUUGAAGCUCUCUUUCGCCGCCACUGAAGAAAAAAGUAAAAAAUGGGUUUGUGGACGCUGCUCGAGGGUUUUCUGCUUCUUGCAAAUGCAUUAGCGAUAAUAAAUGAAGACCGUUUCCUUGCACCCAAAGGAUGGAGUUUCUCAGAAUUUUCUGCAGGGCGGACAAAGUCAUUAAAGGGACAGAUCAUAGGUCUCAUUUAUGCAACUCAAUAUAUGAGAGUUCCUCUCAUACUCCUCAAUGCAAUCUGUAUUGUUGUAAAAUUGGUAUCUGGGUGAUUCUUCACAAGAACUUUUGAAGUCAAAUUGCAAAUAUGGUUACCUGUGAUGUGAGGUGGUCUGCAAAGAAGUGGAAGGAUUCCAUUCUUAAAAUUCAAGAAAUUCUUUCCAAGUAAAGAUUUUUUGUAUAAUGAACCAGUGUGGGUUGUAUUUUAAGUCUCAAUUACAGUGUUUAGGUGUGAGAUUGAAGAUGAUAUUAAAAUCAGAAUUUUCAGUUCUGUUUUUUAUGUUGUUGAAUUAGUUUUUUUGCCAUAUCAUUCAUGAGUACCAAGUUUUUGGACCAUAUGUGGUAUAUCUUAGCAACAUGAAUUUGAUCUCAAGACCUUUUCUGACC